CACCCUCUGCUCUUGUUUUUCUUCUAUUCACUCUCCCCUUCCCGUAUUCCUCUUCGUUGCCGCCUUCAUUAUUUUCUCUUCAUACUUAGCCACUAUCCAAUACUCACAACAAAUACACAAAAUGGCCUCAGAAAUGCAGGACCUUAUUUCGGAGCUAUCGAGGAUGCAGAUUGAGCAAUUCUUUCUGGAUGCUGCUCCACUGACGCAAGAUGAAUGCGACCAGAUGGCUAGAGAAAUCAUCGGCGGGCCUGUCCGCCCAUCAGCGGUCCAAGGCGCUACAAGCUAUACCGUCGUGCCAGUCGACCUCGCCGCAGCGCUUGUCGUCCAGUUUCGCGCCCCCGAAUAUGCCUUUGACCUCGAGUUACUUGACAACGUAAAGCAAGCUUAUGGAGUCUUUGUGCCUCAGCAUAAGUACUCGGGCAAUCUGGGCAAUCUCAUCGUCUACACAAUGGAGAACGUGGGCGGCGUGUCAGCAUACCUCGCACGGAACCAGUUACGGGCGCAUCGCGGUCGCCUCUUGAAUACAACUCUACAAGACUUUGCCAGCUUCUUCGCCUCGGCCUGGCACAACACCCCGCCAUCAAUUCCAACUCCUAGCCGACAGGAGCUGUACGAGUUGUACAGGUCAGAGCUCCAGCUGCUCCGCCGGGGUUUGCCCAAGCAGUUCGGUAGACUGCUAAACCGCCUCAUCGAGGGCCUUCCGGGGCUAUUCGCCGGCGAUUGGCCGAUGGUGCCCAAUCACACCGACCUCCUGGAGAAUAAUAUCCACGUGAACCCGGAGACGGGUAGCAUUGCGGGCAUCUGCGACUGGAAGGAUACAGAAAUCGGCCCCUUUGGCACGUCGAUCGAGGGGCUCGAGAGCCUGCUCGGUGAGCGGACGACAACUGGCUGGCGCUGGGUCAGCCACCAGGCGGACCUUCGCCGAGGGUUCUGGCAAGCGUUUGCCGAGGCGAUGGGACCCACCUCGAGCGACGUCCCAGAGCGUAUCGAUAACGCGAGACUGGUCGGCAUUUUCCGGAAGCACGGCUUCGAAUGGGUGAGUGCCGAGAGCCGUGCUCCCGUCAGAGCGGGAAGCUCAGGCUUUAGGUACCUCGAGGCGGUCACCCUAGGUCUCGGGGAUACUAGUUGAGAGUCAUUGUAGUAGCGCUGAUGGCUCGAGACAGAUCUGCUGCGUUGCUCAAGCUGUUUUAUGGCCGACAGGAGGGUUAUGGAC